AUGUCUACGGAAAGUAUAAAAGAACCCACUACGACAGCUAAUCCAACAACAACAGCAACAACUGAAGAUGUCGAACCAAAGGACGUUGAUAUGCUAGCCAACGAAUCCCAAUCACAAGAAGAAGAAGAAGAAGAGGAAGAUGAACCUGAUAGAGAAAAAAUUAAAAUAUUACAACAAGGUGCAUCCGAAGAUGGAUGUUCUGCAUCUUUCCAAAUACUACAAGAAGAUCAUACCCUAGGUAAUGCCCUUCGUUAUAUUAUAAUGAAAAACCCUCAAGUGGAAUUUUGUGGGUAUUCUAUACCUCAUCCAUCGGAAGAAUUUUUAAAUAUUAGAAUUCAAACUUAUGGUGAAAUUACAGCAGUGGAAGCAUUACACAAAGGUUUACAAGAUUUAAUGGAUCUAUGUGAUGUAGUAGAAGAAAAAUUCACUCAAAAGAUAAGAGAUAUGUAA